AUGUCUGUUGAAUUGGAUAAUGGAAAUCAUCGCAAUGGAGACAUUUGCAGGUCUCAUAGACAUCUGGACUCCUCAUGUGAAAGUAGUAAUGAUGAUAGCGUUCGGCGUCAACUCCCCGACUCUACCACCGACGGACCUCGGGUUAGGCUUCGUAGAUCCUCCUUAGCUUCUUCCCAAUCUCCUGACGUCGUUAAUCACCACAGUCAUAACUUCUCUGCUCCUCGCCGUUACCAACAUCCUCGUCGUCACCGCAAUCCCCCACAUCGUUCCCAUGCUCCAAAUCUAUCUUCAACUACAGAAGCGGAUCGGAAUGUUGUUUCCACUCUAGCCUAUCGACCCAAAGGUACACCACAACAUCGCCGAUUUGAAACCCGUGGUCAUGCCAACCGAACGCCCAUGUUUUCUGCCUCGAGACGUAAUCGUCGUUAUCGCAACCAGUCUUCCGUUCCCUCUUCCUCAUCUUUUUCCUCCUCCUCUUCCUCUUCCUCUUCUUCUUCUUCUUCUUCUUCCUCAUCCUCCUCUUCCUCCUCCUCUUCCAUAUCUCACCAUAGCCGUCGUUAUCGUCAUGGCUAUUCUCGCAAAUCGCCUUCAGUCAUCGUUGUUCACGACUCGGAUACUUCGCCUAGCGCGCAAACCACACCUUCUUUCUCCAACUCUCGUUCAUCCACACCAAGACGACGCUACAAGGCACCUUCAUUGGCCACGACACGGGUCUGUGCUGCACACACAACAAAACGGCGUCUCUUCUGCUGCCUCUGCUGCUGCCUCGCAUCCACACAACUGGGUCAAAAAGCCAGUUCCCCUAGCCCAAACGGGCUCCGUUCUCGGGCCUCCGCGUCAAACCUCAACCUCACUGCUAAUCAUCAUCAUCACCAACAACAUCAACACAACUCUCUCACCACCUCGUGGUCACCUGCUGCUGCUACUCCCACUACUACUGCCACCACUGUUGUUCCGGCCUACCGAUCUAUUCCGACACCUCGGAAGGCCUUUACUACCGGUACAGCGAAGCGUCAGUCCUCCGGCAAUUGGGAGUCCGCCUCCUCCUCCUCUCCCCCAGCUCCACCUCGUCGCGUUUCGACACCGCGGCCUCCGGCGGUAGUCGCCGUUUGCGUGGAAGCCCCGCUUUCACGCUUUGCGCUCACGGCCUGGUCUUCCAAUCAGCCGCAUUUUUGUGCUCACACUCUCACACCGUCCCUUCGCACAGCUUCCACCUUUGCACACUCAAUUCUUGCGCAUUCCGUGGAAGCCUUUUCUGUCUCCCAAGAAGAAGACCUUCUUUACACCGUCUCAACCUCUUCCUCCUCCGAAAGCAGUUCCCCCAUCUCUUCUGAACUUGUCUCUGACUUCGAGACAAACGACGCGGAAGCCGAAGUCAUUUCAGUAUCGGAACUUGGUGGAAAAAAGCGACGGGAGGAGUCAUCAGUAAUUAUUCCCUUUCCACCACCAUCGCGAUUUGAAUGCCUAGAAAUGAGUGCCUCUAGACCACCACCCAGACCGCAGCCCAGCCUUGUUGGACCGCGUAGAGGUUCGGUUGCAUCGCGCGAGUCCUCUUACUCACCUCCUGCUGAUCGAAAUGGUACCCGAGCACCCCAGCAGGCUCAAAACAACGGCACUUCAAUUGCUGACAUGGAGAACUCUAUGCUCUUUCGAAAACUCGAGGCCGCUGUUGCCAAAGUGGCCGCGGAGCAGCAAGAGCACGAGCGCAGCCUUCUCCUUCUUGCUGCUGGCAAUACCACUCCCUCCUCUCCAAAUGUCGCCUCGCCAUCACUUAAUAACCUCCUAAAUAUGCUUGCUAAUGUAGGAUCAGACUACCAGCUCUUACGAUUGCAGUUGGUAGGCGAGAAAGAGAAACGAGCGUUGGUUGAGGCAGCACGAAAGCGCAUCGCAACACGGGACGCGGCCAUUCAGACCGAGGCUCUGCAACUGGGCCCUAGGGACACCUGUCCCUUGUGUCAACGAACGCCCGCCACUGACAAGGGAGGUGGCAGGCGAGUAGGCGUUCAACAAUUUCUCCCUGCAGUUGUGCCCCUCUCCCGUGGCGUUCCACUGCGUCGCGCGCGCUUAGGCCCACCGUUGCAGCAGCAGCAUUCGCUUACAGGCGGUGGCAGCCCGCAGCAGCGAUUCCUGUGGCCAGCCAGUGGACAGAUUGUGGAUGUUGUUGAAACCCUUGCAGAGCCGCCCUACCCAGUUCACACAUCCCUCCUUGUGCAAACAACUCCUAUGGAGGUCACCUCUGAGGACUACAGCGAACGUGCUUGCGUCUCUACCAUCUCUGUUCACGGACCACUACCCUCCGAUGCGAAAACGACUUUCGCACCAAAAGUGGCGGUAGAUGUACCAAAAAUAGUGUUCGAACCUUCAAAAGCACCCGUAUUAAAGGUGGUUGAAAUGCCGAAGAAGGUAGAAGAAGCAUCGAAACCUCCGCCUCCAAAGCAGGUUGAGCAUCGUGAUGCUGAUGGUGAAGAGGAGGAGGAAGAGGAUGGAGACGAGGAUGAAGAGGAAGAGGAAUCAGAAGAGUCGGACGUGGAGAUAUCGCGAAAGUUGCGACGUCAGUUAAGACGCACGCAAAAAACCCAGGAGAUAAAUGCAGCUAUCGUGCAAAUGGCAUUGAAUCAACAGAAGAAGGAGGAGGAGGCGGCGGCGGCGGCGGCUGCGGGUGUGGGGCCAGAAGUGCAACCUCAAAUGGGUGGUACUGCUGCCAUAACGGCAGCUGAUGGCUCUUCCCGUGUGGCUGAGGCACGCCAGCGGGCGAAGAAGUUCAUAGAGCAGCGUAAGCUCAGCAUGCAGCAACAACAACAGGAAGUGGAAAGUUAUGAUGGAUCGAGUCAGCCACCGGAGGAAGACAUGUCCUCAAGAAUUCCUCCUCUUGAUGAUGUUGAUGGACACCUCAUCUAUAGUCCACACGACUUCAUUCUCGAUCGAUAUGAGAUUGUCAAGACACUAGGAGAAGGAACCUUUGGCAAAGUCGUUGAAUGUCUCGAUCACCACACGGACACGCGAAUUGCCCUCAAGAUAAUCAAAAACGUGGACAAGUAUAGAGAAGCUGCGAUGCUGGAAAUAAAUGUCCUGAAUUUCCUACGUGAACGUGAUCCCAAUGAUGAGUAUCUCUGUGUUCGGCUACUCGAUUGGUUUGACUACUUUGGACACAUUUGUCUGGCUUUCGAUAUCCUCGGUCUUUCAGUAUUCGACUUUUUGAGGGAGAACAAUUACGUGGGCUAUCCAAUAGAGCACGUGCGGCACAUUAGCUACCAGCUGUGUCACGCAGUGCGUUUCAUGCACGACAACCAGUUGACACAUACGGACCUCAAACCGGAAAACAUUCUCUUCAAUCGCUCCGACUACAUAUCGGUGCAUAAUCGAAAGAAGCGACGCUACGAUCGUAUUGUCAAGUGCUCCGACGUACGCCUCAUCGACUUUGGUUCAGCGACCUUCGACUACGACCAUCACUCCACUAUCGUCUCUACUCGUCACUAUCGCGCCCCCGAGGUCAUUCUUGGUCCGUCCCUCUGUCUUUCUCUCUUCCCCUCUCCCUCCCUCCCUCCCUUCCUCUCUCCCUCUGUCCUGCUCUAUUUCCCUCUAUAUUCUCCAACUGACGUUCCUUUUUAUGCUAUUUGUUCAGAACUUGGCUGGUCCCAACCAUGCGACGUGUGGUCUAUCGGCUGUAUCAUAUUCGAACUCUACACCGGUUACACCCUCUUUCAGGCAGGUUCCACCUCCUAG